AUGUCAUCAGGCGGUGAAAAAAGAGGACAGAAAAGGUCUAAAGCAUUUUACAGGAAAAGUGCUUAUGGAGGAGGCAAGCGCUCUCGAGGUGGAGCCAAUGUGCUGGAGCCAGGCAUCCGUGGCUUUCUGGUGAUGUGUAACAGCAAUGAAAGCAGUGCAGUGAAGGAGAGCUACAAUAUUCUGAAUGAAUAUGCUGAUCUUUUAUAUGGACAAGAAAAGGCUGCUGAAAGCUCAGGAAAAAAUGUAACAUCCGGUGAAGAAGAUAGCGAGUGUGAGGAUGUUGAAAAGGCUCUCAAGAAAGAAGUGGAUGCAAUUAAAAACACUGCGUCCACACAGAAACGGUUUCAGAAUGUCCAGACCAAGGCAAAGAAUUGUGUGUUUAUACGUACCACCAUCGACGAUCCAGUUAAGAUGGUUGUAAGACUUAUGGAGGAUAUCGCCGAGAAGGGGCUAAAGAAGGCUCGGUAUGCAGCACGUAUGCUUCCUAUUAUUGGCACAUGUAAAGCCCACACUUCUGAUAUAGAAAAGCUCGCUAAAGACGUUUUACAGCCUAUUUUUUGUAAAGACAAUGUAGAUACCCCAUCUUCAUAUACUGUGUUGUUUAAAAUAAGAAAUAACAAUGCAAAUACAUGUGGGAAAACUAGUGUAAUUCCUGCUGUGACUAAGGCAGUGUCUGAAAUCAAUCCAGCUGUGAAGUUUUCAUGGACCGACUUUGACGUUGCUGUGCUGGUGGAAGUGGUUUGCACAGUCUGUUGUUUAGGGAUUGCUCCUGCAUACACCAGGCUUCGAAAGUACAACUUGCAGGAAUUACAACAGGGACCAAAGGUUAGGACAAGUGCAGAGGCUGCUGCAGAACUGGGCAGUGCUGAACAGGGAAAACCAGAGAAACAUGAACAGUGUGAAAAUAUUAAACAAGAGAAAAAUGACCAGUGUGUCAUGAAACCAGUUGAGAAUGAACAGCAUGAAACAUGUGUUGUAAAUCCACUGCCCAGUGUAGUGAUUGGAUCAGCAGAGAAAUGUGAUUCAGCAGAUGAGGUAAUAUCUGACAUUAAGAAUUUCUUGCCGCAGGAAGCUAAUAGUGUUAUGGUGUGUGAUGAUAAAACAGAUGGCAGACAAUCAGAAGAAGUAUUGGAACCAGGAUGUCUUCAGUCAGACAGUAUUCCUCAAAGUAUCUUAUCCGCAGCUGUUGAUGUGUCGCUGAAUUCCCAAGGUGUGGAAGAGGCAUCGUGA